AUGCCUUUGUGUCCAACCCCGGCGACUUUUCUGUUGGUGACUAUUGUUGUCGCCGCUGUUGGGGCCCUUCUGGAAGAGGACACCAACUUGCUCUUGCAGUAUGGACUUCGAGACACACUUCAGGUCCCUCACGCGGCGAAGUCACAUGAAGAGGCUCCCUGGCGCCCAUUUUGGCAUCGCCAACACUGGCGGUAUGGGGGGUAUGGCAAGACUCGCCAUAAUGCAGGCUACUACAGCCAAAGCAUCGAAUGCGGCUACCCCAUCCUGACGGACCAAAGCUACGAUGCUCACCUCUACUCCUACGUGGGUGGAACUUCAGCGACGGUCGAGCAGAUCACGGGGGUGCUCUCCUUCAGUCCAGCGACGGAUGAAAGGUUUACUGAGGCGAUCCUGUCAGGCCUUAGCAACGGAGCGGCUAACUUCAGCGACCAGCGAAUGCUCUGUGUGUGGAGCAGCAAAACGAUGCUCACAUGCACUGAGCACCACGAUGGCAGCGGCGAUUUCGCAACAAGCGUAGAGGCCCUUGCGUAUGUUUUCGCAGGAAUCGAAGCUGAUGUCGAGCAAAACACCACAUCCAAUGCAUCUCUGAAGAUCUUUGAAGCCGAGGAUGAGAAAUUUGUGAAUGGUCUCCUGCAGAAUAAGGGUGACUUCACCAGCUUUUUGACAGUGUCGCACUUCAAGCCCGGAUCUUGCGUACCGGCAGGUUUCGAGUUCUCGCCACCCGGCCGCGGGUCAAUUCUGCGAGUCGACGUGAGCUUCGAUAACGAAGCCCGGGUUGAAGUCGGCUAUGCCGGCGUCUCCGAUGAAUGGGCCGCCUCUGCAUCACAGUGGUUUCCCAACCUGGUCGGCCAGACCUUCGAUGUUCACUUGACCCUGUUCUAUCGUCGGCUGGACCUAAAGGAGCCCAACGCAACCGGUGUGGUGAACAUCACUGGCAUCCUCAGCUUUACGGAGCAGGUGAACUACGAAAACCAGCCGGAUAGCAGUGGACGGUUCGUGCUGGCAACUUAUUCUGAGCUAGUGGCUUCCCCAGCAAUUCUUUUCAUACCGGCGACACUCAGCGAGGUGUGUGCUUUCUCGGCGGACAAGAUGUCUCUGGUUUGUUCCAGGCCUGUGGACGCAUGGUGGGAGUAUGAGAAGUAUGAGAGCGCAGGCAACGCAAGCGUAGACAUGCUCGCCCGCAUUUACACGAUGAUCCAAACAGCCAUGGCCAGCGGUGAUGUAGGCGCUUCAGCUUCUACCCCUGAUACAAGUAACGCAUUCGGGGACACGGACAGGCAAGCGUUGGAAGAUGCAGUGGCCUCGGCCGCCGCUGAUGCAUUAGCAUUCGCCACGCCUGACGGGGCAGUCGCGCAGGCAAGCGUAACAGCGGAGGCUCUCGAUGAGUUUCUCGCCUCCGGCACUAAUGCUUCCGCCAGGGCUCUGGUGAGGGGUGAGGCAAUAGCUUUAUUCAUCAGGAGCUCCGCAGAGAUGAGUCGGCGCUUCACUGAAGUGAUGCGCUUGGACCGCUUCGAUUGCCCAGAGGUCCAGGAAGGAUGCCCUCCAUGGCGCAUCCUCUUUGCAAACCCAGGCCGUGGAUCCUUCUUGGGCCAGCCUGUGGAUUCUACAAUCGACGUGGUCUUAGAUGCUGUCUCUGUUGGCAGCGCUGUGCGCAGGUUUCAGCCUCCGGCUGAAGAGACAGAACAGACAGCUAACUUGACAUUGCCCCUGAACUGCAUCUGCUCCUCCGGGGCCUACCCCAGCUUUGCGCUUGCGGAGGAGCUCACAGUCACCCUGACACGAUUCAGGCGCUUGGAGAUUGCGGAAGCGGUGCCGGCAUCUGUUCAGGUAGAGAGGCUGGAUGCAAAAGUGCUGGGCCAAUUCAACGAGCAAGGACUUCUCGACAACACAGGUCGAUUUGUGUACCUCGAGCUCGCAGGCGAAGAUGAGGCCAAGGUAUCGCUGGCUGUUUGCGCAUAUGCAGCAGCUGGCAACACCUCGCUAGUAUGCGCGAGGACGAGCUUACUUUCUCUGGUGGCCACAGCCCGUGCACAAGUGGACAUUGCCACUGAUGUCUUCUUGGAUUCCCAGGAUUCUGGACGCACCACGAGCAUCUCUCAAGCUCUGUCCAGUGCCAUCGCAGCGAGCACGCUCCUCUUGGACAGCAAUGCGGAGUUCACACUGGAGUUGUCGGUUUCGGGCUGCGCGCCGAGUACAUGCGUAGUACAAGACGUUCAGUUCCUCCCUGCUGGCCGUGGCACACUGCUGGACUACAUUCCCACAGAUAUGUUCGGCCCCAAUGAGACAAUCGGUGUCGCAGAAGCAGUCGUGUCCAUUGGCAAUGCAAGUGUGGCCCAGUGA